AGGGGUUAUGAUAAAAAAAAAAAAUCAACCAUGACCGAUGAGAUACAGGAAACCUAACCAGCCUCAAAUGCAACUGCUUCCUGUGCAAUUUAACCGUCUUGCCAGUGAACAAAUAUGUCGGACUGCCGGGUCUGAGAGUUAGCCACGUAAUGUUAACCCAUGCCCUACGUUUUAUGACUGUUUUUUAAACGCCUCACGCAUUUUGAUGUUAUGUUCUAACCAUAGCCAUCUGGAGAUCUGUUGCAGUUUGGUGACAAAUGGUGCUUUCAAUUGCGGAUGUUAUAGCUAGGGCGAUUCGCUAGCUUCGUUUGCUAUGUAGCCCAAUAACUGGGCGAGGUAGGGAGAGGGAGAUCCCUUUUUUCGAUUACCUGCUGAAUGUUGUGUCUUUUAUCAAUCACGUCGCACCUCUCUGCUAUGUAGCGUACGCAGAUGGUCAGCAUGAUCUCCACUCAUUGCAUAUUUCUUUGUUUUGUUCCGAAUGUCUUGGACAACUAGCAAAUGUUACAGCACGUUGUGAAGCCACAACUAAAUAGCAGUUCAUGUUUCGACAAGAAGUUGGCGUAUUGGCUUUCAUUCCGUCGUGUUCUGACCUUUUCCAAUACGAGAAGAGGAAUAUGUCUCGGUACAAUAUUUACAGUCUACUGGAUUGGGUGUACGGCGGCGUGGACCCAAAAUUUGAAGGGAAUGGAGGCCCAGAGUGUGCAGCUUUCAUCACGCGUCAACAACGUUUUAAUGAGAGCAUUGUCAUAGUUCUUUUAUCUAUUGCAGAGGUUGUUUUGGCUCUCAAAAAAAUUAACUUUUCUAAAGAACUCAGUGAAAUCAAACAUGGACGAAACAAUAAGGAAGACAGCCUGGGCAAGAACCUUCUCUUAGUUGCACUUUGCAUGACGUUUGGAGUGGAAGUUGGAUUUAAGUUUGCAACCAAGACGGUCAUAUACCUGCUAAAUCCUUGCCACGUUGUCACCAUGGUGCAGAUCUUCCUCCUAGCCUGUCCACCUUGUAAAACAGCUAUGAUCAUUUUCAGGCUACAGGUCCACAUGCUAAAUGGAGCGCUGCUGGCCCUUGUUUUUCCGGUGGUUAACACCAGGCUGUUACCUUUUGAAAAGGAGGUUUACUACAUUCAGCACUCCAUGCUUUACUUGGUACCCAUUUAUCUCUUCAGGAAAGGGGGUGUGUAUACACCUGAACCUCUUGGAGAUAUGUGGUGGGCUCUUCUAUCAACGGGCAUCUUGUUCCUUUACCACUUUCUGUUUCUACAAGGCCUUGGAAUGAUGACCGAAGUCAACUUGAACAACAUGCUGUGCCCAGCUGUAUCCGAUCCUUUCUACGGCCAGUGGUACAGAGUAUGGGCCACCGGCCAUCAGACCCUUCUAACUUUGGCUCACGGCAAGGUGCUCACACUGUUUGCUCAACAUACAAUCCCAAUGUGCCGCUACUUCAUGGAUACUACCUGCCUUCGAAGCAAGAAGGUUGAUUGAGCGGUGUUUCUGUUGUUGUCAGCACAUGUUCUUCGUACCCAGACCAUGUAAUCUAUCAUUUAAUCCUUAGUCUGAAUAUAUUCCUAGAUGUCCUCAUAUCAGUUAUAAUGGAUAGUUCAUCCUUGUAUGUUUGUGUGUGUGUGUGUGUGUGUGUGUGUGUGCACCACUAAUGAUGCAAAGCUUGCCAAAUAAAUGUUGUCUUUCAGGCAUAUUUUUUCAUGCAUACAUUUGAAGUUUGACUUUCGUGAACACUCAUGUUCUCUUACCCUAAUGAUGCCUUUAUUAAGUGUAGUCAUGGUAUAGCUAUCAGAGGUUUAUCCAGUGGCUUCCUUAUGUUCACUGGUCAUGGCUACAAUCAUAAGUGUUAAGUUUUCUUUUUAUUUAGUGUACAGUUGUUACUUUCAGCAAUGUUUUGAAAACAAAAAUGUUUAUCUGUUUUACAUUGCACAUAACAAGCACCCUACAGAAAUUGUGGUAAAGGUAAAAGUAAGUUUCAAAUUUUAUAAUAUUUUAUAUUUUUAUUUCAUGACAAGUGUCAAAUAUGUUGGACUUACUGGGUUCUUUAAAGUGAGACCUGGAUGCUAUUGUGAAUGUCAUAAGCAUGUUCACCUUGAGCAGCCUAUACCACAAACUGUACUACCUACUGAUGAGUGCAUCAGUUAAUCAGAGUGCUGAUUAAAAUUCUCACCUACCAUCAUCACCAUGAAACCAUAACCAUGGCCAGUGAAAAAAAUAAAGUUUUUUUAAAGAGUUUAAUUUGGUGUUUUUCUCUAUGUGUUUAAUAAAUUCUGUUAGUUAGUCUUCGGACCAAAGGCAUUGUGCCCGUUAAAGUUAGCUGGUCACUCAGCCACUCACUCACACAGUUUUAAUAUCUUGACUAUCUAAAAUGCUGUUUUGAUUAUUGUAUUACUGUUAUUUCUGUAAUGUGUUGUUGUUAUAUACCAUGAGUCUAACAUAACCAUCCACAAAAUUUUUAGGUCAACUAAUUGACUGGUUGCGCUUCCCUGUUAACAAGUAUCAGCAUGCUGGUUAUGUCUGUAUGUAAACACUGCCGCUGACUUCAGCUGCGAAAAGAACGUUCUGGAAGACCUGUUUUGGCUGCUUGAACCUAGGAGCAGCUAGGAGGUAUUUCAGGCACUCGCUGGAAUGUUCAGUUAUAGGUCAUUACAGCAUCUGGUAACUGCCUUGGAAAGUAUAGCAUGUAUAUUGCUACUAUUGCGACUAGGGUUGGGUAUCAUUUGGGUUUUAUACGAUACUGGUGCUGAAUUGAUACUUUUAAAACGCAUAAAAGCAUAUGACCGGUCAAAUUGGUGUUUUUAAAAAGGAGGGAUCAUGGAGAAUAAGAAAAAAAGUAUAUUAAAAAAUCUUUGUACAUUUCCACAAGGUGGUAGAGUGCUCUGAAAAUGAGAUCCAAAAUGACUUGUGAGGUCUACUGUUUAGACCCUGAAGGAAUUUGUUUUCUCUUCAUUGCUUUUUGUGUUUCUACUUAUCUAUUCCAAUAAGGAAAAUAAAUCAAGAGUCUAUGUUGAGUACAAAUAUGUCUUCUAAUGGCCUAAACAGAGCCCAGACAAAAACUACAAUAACAUUUUGAUCAACUUUGAGGGACAGCUAUGACCAUGCAGGAUCAUCCAGACCAAACAAGACGAUUUUGCUACAUACUACUCCUAUUUAUGUACUCAUGUACAAAUAACUAUUCCUAUUUAUGUACCAGCAUGUACAAUUUGAGCCUCCUACAUGGUUUAGUUGUUGCACUAUGGGCUUGUGAACUUUGGCAAAAAAAAGAGGCCGCACAAAAUCGACACCCCUCUCCUCCCAUACUGGCUGUAUCUUGGAAAAUAUUGAUCUUACAUAGAAGUCAUUUUACAGUGUGUCUCCUGGGUAACAGGUACACCUGCUAAUUUUUUCAGAUUUUUUUGAGACCUAAGUGCGUGGGCCCUGGUCGAUUUCACGUGGAAUGACCCACGCGUAUGUUAUAACUGUCUGGAUGUGACGUUAGAGACGUAAGACGCAACGUUACUCAGCGGGACAAAUGUUUCAUGUGAAUCAUCAAUCAACUACAGUAACUACUUACUUAUUAAAACUAUAUUUUUGAAUGAGAGGGACAAUAUGGUGGCCAUCUUGGAUUUUCAAAGUGGAGACCUUUCAAUACUAAUUUCUAAAUCUCACUAUUGUGCCCAGCAGGAUCUAACAGGUUUAAGACCACAUUGUCAAGAUUGUCAAUAUCAGUGAAGGGCACUAUCUACACAAGGAAUUGUGAUUCACUGAAACAGAUUUACUUCUAAUGUAAAAAAAAAAACCACCUCACUUCCAACAUAUAGGCCUACUUCCCAUUGAAAAGCAUCCCAUGUAACUUAAUAGCAUCCUGUAGUGUAGCAUCGCCAUGUUCAUGCGACUAUCAAGAGCUGACAAGUGAUCCACACUAAUGAAAAUCUCACAAUUCAUUGUUUAUUUCUUUUUUUAUUGAAUAAAUGAGUUGAAAGGUAACAAUAGUAUUUAAAACUACAUCAUUGCCAUAGUCACAUACGCCCCAAUCCAAGCAUGAGAAUUCAUCCCCACCAAUGUUCCCCCCUCGUUUAGGAUCCGGUAUUUUGUUCCAUACUAUUACAUUAAAUGCCCAAUUCAACGGUCACCACACCAACAGCUGGGGAAGGGGAGGAUAAUCAACAGGUCAUUUUUCAUCCAUUACUAACAGCUCAGAGAGAAAAAACCAAAAAGAAAACUAUGGGUAUACAAGGCCUAUGCCUGACAACCCCAAUUCAAGCAAUCCAUUUAGUACAUGGAGCAUUCCAUAGUCAGCAUUUCUACGUUGCAGAAAAUAGAAAACCACUAAAAUAAUUUAGAAACUAGAUCCAAAAUAUUUUCAAAAAGUUUUUUUUAUGAUGUAUAAAACAGUCAUGUUGUCUUUUUUCCUCCUUUUUACAGUGUUGUUUUCUACAAAUUGUUUUCAUUAAACAUGUUACUGUUCAUAUUCAUUGUGUCAUUAUCAGUCAUUUCUACUAUUCUACUACUGUUCAUCUAUCAGUGCGAUUGUAUACUGGUGCAGCUACUGGGUCCAGAGUAAAGAAAAGAGGCUUUUUAUUUUGAUGGCAUUAAAAAAUAAAGAUUAAUGUUUCUUUUGUAUAAAGUAUAACUGCUGGUCUUUAGGAAAACACAUUAAGAAAAAAAAAAAACAUAAUUCUAAGAGGCACGCUAUGGGGUAUUUAAACACAAAAAUAAACAAAAACACUGAAAAAGCAUUACAUUUGACCGUAUGUCUGGUCAAGGUACUUCCAGAUAACAAUAUUUUAUUUAACAGAGUUUGCAAACUGAAAAAGAAAAAGAAAUAAGAUGAAAAUAAAGACAAAAAAAAAAAAAAAAAAA